AACCAACCCAAACCCACGCCAGAAAAUCAAGUUAUCUCUUAGGGUUGUGAGUCGCCAAAGGGCUUCUGACACUGUUGCCCACUGGCCACGCGUAGCCCUGUUAUCUCACACCUAGCGCGGCAGGACGUUCGCCACAACCGUCUCCUAAACUAUUAUCUGAUUGGCUACUUUUGGCCCACUACUCACCGGGCAAUUCCCGCAUCAGUACUUUCACAGGGUACCACCCUCUUCGUCUAAGAGCUUCCCAUCAUUGGAUACAUUAAGGCCCGCCCACCGUCUUCCGGCAAGUUACUUCCGUCGCCAGAGAGGCUGUUCAGCACCCAAUAAGAGUUCUACAUCCGGGUCUGGAGGCGUUGCAUCUGAUAUUUGACCCAAUAGAAGCCUUGCUGGUGGGAGGACGACGAUUUGGGGAGCGGGAGUGAGCCUGCGAGAGAGUAGGCAGGAAAGAUGGCUGUCCUCGCGCCUCUGAUUGCUUUGGUGUACUCCGUGCCGCGGCUUUCUCGAUGGCUGGCCCGACCUUACUGCCUUCUGUCUGCUCUGCUUUCCGUGGCUUUCCUCCUCGUGAGGAAACUGCCGCCGAUUUGCAAUGGUCUCCCCACGCAACGCGAAGAUGGCAACCCGUGUGACUUUGACUGGAGAGAAGUGGAGAUCCUAAUGUUCCUCAGUGCCAUUGUGAUGAUGAAGAACCGCAGAUCCAUCACUGUGGAGCAACAUGUAGGCAACAUCUUCAUGUUUAGUAAAGUGGCCAAUGCAAUUCUUUUCUUCCGAUUGGAUAUUCGAAUGGGCCUGCUGUACCUCACACUCUGCAUAGUGUUCCUAAUGACCUGCAAGCCCCCCCUGUACAUGGGUCCUGAGUAUAUCAAAUACUUCAAUGAUAAAACCAUUGAUGAAGAACUGGAGCGAGACAAGAGGGUCACUUGGAUUGUGGAGUUCUUUGCCAACUGGUCUAAUGAUUGCCAGUCCUUUGCUCCCAUCUAUGCUGACUUGUCCCUCAAGUACAACUGUUCAGGGCUAAAUUUUGGAAAGGUAGAUGUUGGACGUUACACUGACGUUAGCACACGGUACAAAGUGAGCACAUCACCCCUCACCAAACAACUCCCUACCCUGAUCCUGUUCCAAGGUGGUAAGGAGGUAAUUCGUCGGCCACAGAUUGACAAGAAAGGACGAGCUGUCUCAUGGACUUUUUCUGAGGAGAAUGUGAUUCGAGAAUUCAACUUGAAUGAGCUAUACCAACGAGCCAAGAAGCUCUCAAAGGGUGGAGACAACCCAUCAGAAGAGAAGCCUGUGGACCCUGCUCCCACUACUGUGCCAGAUGGGGAAAACAAGAAGGACAAAUAGGACCCUGCAUUGUUUUUGCUUCCUCUCCUGUCAAUUUCAGGAACCUUUGAGGCCCAGUUCCAGCUGUAACCACAAUCCUUGCCUGAGGCCUUUUGAUUUCUGUUUGGCUGUGCCUGGGUGGAGGCACUGUGCCUGCUUCUGAUUUUUAAAGAAGCAUCUUGAGAACCAUGAAGCAUUCGACUACGAAGGGCUCUUCUGCCCUGGUCAAGUGUUUCUCAAAGGAAGUGAUCUCAUGGAUAGAGGUAGAAAUGGUUUCCCUCCAAGGUUGAGUCAAUGUGUAAAUUGCUAUUCAACACUUGGAUAUUACCAGUCUGUGGUUUAAUUAUUCCUCCUAGUGAGCUUGCAAAGUAUAGACUAAAUUAAACUCUAAUGUUAGAUGUCAGUAUAAAGCAUUUAGAAUUUUUCCUCAAGGACCCUUUCUUCUUAUAGGCCUUUCUGUCUUGAUCUGUGCAUUAAGAAAUUUAAUUUUGGGGCUGGAGAAAUGGCCCAUCGAUUAAGAAAGAACACUGGUGGCUGCUUUUCCAGAGGUCCUGAGUUCAGUUCCCAGCAACCACGUGAUGGCUCAUAACUGUCUAUAAUGGGAUCUGAUUCCCUCUUCUGGCAUGCAGGCAGAAUACUAUACAUAAUAAGUAAAUCUCAAAGAGAAAGACAUUUAAGUGGUUGGAGAAAUGGCUCAGUGUUUAAGAGAAUUGGCUGUUCUUCCAGAGGAUUGAUUGGGUUUGAUUCCUAGCAGCCACAUGGAAGCUAAACUAUCUGUAACUCUGGUCUCAGGGGCUCCAAUAUCCGCCCUUGACCUUAGCUGGCACUGUGUAUGCCUAUAGUGCACAACCACAUGAAGGUAGAAUGCUUAAAAGGGGUGUAUGUGUGACUGAUCCCAAUGAAAAACCUUCAACCAGGAUUUUCAUCAUUGGAAAUAGAAUUGAAUGACCACCCUGUGUUUUGGGAACUAAGAGAAAGGGCAAUAUAAACCUGAGAGGUUCCUUUGUGUAGUGGGGCCAGAAGAAGAAAGCCCCAUGGCUGGACAGCUGGUCUCUCCUAUCCCACAGGUUUCCCUAAUAAAGGGAUUGUUAUUUGAU